CUCGAUUACUCACCGGUUGAACGCCGCUCUUGAGAAAGCAUUCACCCGUCAAUUGCACUCUUCAGCCACAAUGGGCUCUGCAGACAUCGAAUCCAGCCUGGCGACGGCGGUGCGGACGUCCUCCGACAUCGACAAGACGUCGGUUGGCGUUGGCCGUACCGAGCUUCACACAGCGCUGCCGCCUCACGCCUCGUACGAAGGCGCCCACCGCUUCGACCCCGCGGCCGAAUGGACUCCCGAGGAGGAGAGGGCCAUUGUCCGAAAAACGGAUAUCCGUCUCCUGAGCUGGCUCUGCCUGAUGUUCUUCGGACUGCAACUUGACCGUGGCAAUCUCAGCAAUGCCCUGGCGGAUAACCUGCUGGAGGACUUGGGCCUUACUACUGAUGAUUACAACAACGGAACCACCAUCCAGCUCCUCUGUUUCCUGACGGCAGAAUUCCCCGUUCAGUUCCUGACCAAGAGAUUCGGAUUCAAGAAUGUCUUGCCCACGCUCAUGUGCUGUUGGGGAAUUGUUUCUACCUUCCAGGCCUUCAUGAAGGACAGGACCUCCUUCUACAUCACCCGCGCCUUCAUCGGUCUCUUUGAGGGUGGUUUCAUCCCCGGUGUCAUUCUCAUGGCAACCUACUUCUACACGUCCAAGGAGCUCUCCAUUCGCCUGGCUGCCUUCUGGUCGACCCUAAACAUCGCAAGAGUCAUCUCUGCCUUGCUGGCUGCUGGUUUCCUGGAGAUGAGAGGCGUUGGUGGCCACCCCGGAUGGUUCUGGCUCCUCCUUCUCGAAGGUCUCCUUACCACCAUCAUCGGCCUUCUGUCAAUGGCCUACCUGCCCAGCUCCCCAACCGGAACCAAGUCUCUCAUCUGGCGCAACUCUUGGUACACCGAGCGAGAGGAGGUCAUCAUGGUCAACCGCAUUCUGCGCGACGACCCUGCCAAGGGCCUCACUGCGCUCAAGGAGCCUGCCACCUGGGCUGAUGUCAAGGGUGCCUGGACCGAUCCCUCUCUCUGGGGCCUGUACCUGAUCGGCCUCAUUGCCUACAUUCCCGCUACUCCUGUCACGGCCUACUUGACUUUGACCCUGAAGCGAGUCGGAAAGUUCAGCACUCUCGCCAGUAAUCUCCUCACCGCGCCGUCUGCUGCUCUGCAAAUCAUCACCAUGUUGAGCUUGGCGUACAGCUCCGAGUACUUCAACGAGCGCUCUUUCCACUGUCUUUUCGGAGAGCUCUGGUCGAUCCCCUUGUUCACGGCGCUGCUCACGAUCCCCGACGAAGGCCGCGAAUGGGGCAGGUUCUCCAUCAUCACUCUCAUCUCCGGUUACCCUUACUUCCACCCUCUCGUCAGUUCUUGGAUCUCGGAGAACUCCUUCGAUGUCAAGAAGCGAGCCAUUGCUGCUGCGACUUACAACGUCAUUGUGCAAAUGGGAAGCGUUGUUGGUAACCAGAUCUACCGAAAAUGGGACGCGCCGUAUUACAAGACCGGCAACAAAGUGUGCAUCUCAAUCCUGUCUCUCGCCAUUGUUGUCUUCCUCGGCCAGCGCCAGUGGCUCAUCCGACUGAACAAGAAGAAGGAGGAGGAGUGGAGCAAGUUGACGCCAGAGCAGAAGGUUGAGUACCAGACCGACAAGGAAGCCCGAGAGAAGGAUGGCAACAAGCGACUCGAUUUCCGAUUUGCCUACUGAGCUCGAUAGCCUGUCUGGUUUAGUUGGUAAUAUCUGCCGAGGUCCUCUAAUGGGCGACUGUCAAAAAAAUACCCUUCAUCGUCACACAUCGUUUAUAUAGGCCCCUAAUCAUACAUAGCCCUUUGUGGGCCCCUCUCC